GGAGCCGGUGAACCGAGCGGCCUCGAGGGAGAGGCGCUCGGAGAAGAGGGAGCGCCGGCGGCGGCCGCUGUCUUCCCUGCGGCCGAGGAAAAUGGUCUUCGAGUCGGUGGUCGUGGACGUGCUGAACCGCUUCCUGGGGGACUACGUGGUGGACCUGGACACGUCCCAGCUCUCCCUGGGCAUCUGGAAAGGAGCUGUGGCCCUCAAGAAUCUUGAAAUUAAAGAAAAUGCCUUGAGUCAACUGGAUGUACCAUUCAAAGUUAAAGUUGGUCAUAUAGGUGAUCUGAAACUUAUAAUUCCAUGGAAAAACCUUUAUACUCAACCAGUUGAAGCUGUUUUAGAAGACAUUUAUUUACUCAUAGUGCCUUUUUCUAGAAUAAAAUAUGAUCCUUUAAAAGAAGAAAAACAACAUAUUGAUGCAAAACAACAGGAAUUAAAAAGAAUAGAAGAAGCAAAACGAAAAGUAAUAGAUCAAGAGCAUCAGGAGGAGAAACAGGACACUUUCGCAGAAAAAUUAGUUACUCAGAUCAUAAAAAAUCUUCAAGUGAAAAUUUCCAGCAUCCAUAUUCGUUAUGAAGAUGAUGUCACAAAUCGAGACAAACCACUAUCAUUUGGUAUUUCCCUUCAAAAUCUCAGUAUGCAGACAACUGAUCAAAACUGGAUACCAUGUUUACAUGAUGAGACUGAGAAACUAGUUCGGAAGUUAAUCCGAUUGGACAAUCUUUUUGCCUAUUGGAAUGUGCAGUCUCAAAUGUAUUAUCUUAAUAAUUAUGAUGAGUCAUUGGACAGUUUGAAGUCUGGUAUUGUCAAGGAAGAUAUUAUUCCUGAUGGGUAUGAUUUUGUAUUUCGCCCUAUAUCUGCUAAUGCCAAACUUCAGAUGAAUCGCCGAUCAGAUUUUGACUUUUCUGAUCCCAAGAUAAACCUGGAUGUUGAGUUACAUAACAUAGCAAUUGAAUUUAAUAAACCACAGUAUUUCAGUGUUAUGGAACUUCUUGAAUCGGUUGAUAUGAUGACACAAAAUUUGCCAUAUAGGAAAUUCAAACCUGAUGUGCCUCUUCACUACCAUGCCAAGGAAUGGUGGGCUUAUGCUAUACAUGGUAUUCUUGAAGUAAAUGUUUGCCCCAGUUUACGAAUGUGGUCCUGGAAGCAUAUUAGAGAACAUAGACAAAAAGUGAAACAAUAUAAAGAACUAUAUAGGAAAAAGUUAACAAAUAAAAAGCCACCCAACGAAAUUCUCAUGUCUUUGCAGGAGUUGGAAAAAACUUUGGAUGUCUUUAAUAUAACCAUAGCUAGACAGCAAGCAGAAGUUGAGGUAAAGAAAGCCGGGUACAAGAUUUACAGGGAAGGCGUAAAGGACCCAGAGGAUAACAAAGGGUGGUUCAGUUGGCUGUGGACUUGGUCAGAGCCAACUACCAAACAGCAACCUGACGUUAAACCUGGAAUUCUUGAAGAAAUGCUGUCACCUGAAGAAAAAGCUUUACUAUAUGAAGCAAUUGGCUAUAGUGAAACAGCAGUUGACCCAACUUUGCCCAAAACAUUUGAAGCCAUGAAGUUUUUUGUUCAUUUGAAAAGUAUGUCUAUUGUUCUAAGAGAAAACCACCACAAACCUGAGCUGAUAGACAUUGUUGUAGAAGAAUUUAGCACUUUGAUUGUACAAAGACCAGGAGCACAAGCAAUAAAACCUUUAAUGCAGAACCUGAGAAUGUUGAUACCUCAUUCUAAAGCAGAUACUAAAAUGGAUCGUAAAGAAAGAUUAUUUGUGAUUAACAAGGGGCCACCUGCCAAAUUCCUUGUUCAGAAUAUUCAUACCCUAGCUGAACUACAGAUGACUGGCAACCGCUUGAAAGGCUCUAGGCCCCUUUUAUCCUUUGACUCUGCCUUUGAUGAAUUGCCACCAUUUGUGGCCCAUGUUUUUAUUUUCACUAUUUUGGAUAAUCAGAUAUGGUUUCGGAACUUUCAGAUCAUAGAAGAAGAUGCUGCUCUUGUAGAAAUAGGACCUCAUUUUGUCUUAAGUCGUAUAAAGAUUUUCCAGGGAAGUUUUGGAGGGCCAACUCUAUAUGAAAAUCCCCACUACCAGUCACCAAAUAUGUAUCGACGUAUCAUAAGAUCCAUCGCAGCUGCAAAAUACAAAGAGAAACAACAAGUGAAGAAUGUUCAGAAACUGAAAAAGAGCCAAAGACUGUUCUUCCACAUGAUCCUACUGAAGAUGUUUUUGCUAACCUCACCUGUACUGUGUGGAAUAUGUAAGCAGGUGACAAGUAAAAAUCGUUCAGAGUUAUCAGAUGUGAAACCAAGUGGAGCCAAACUUGAAGAGUUAAUGCUGAGAGCUUACGAUUCUUUUGAUGUUCAGCUUACAAGCAUACAAUUGCUUUAUAGUAGAGUUGGUGAUAAUUGGAAAGAAGCACGAAAACUGAAUGUAUCUACCCAGCAUAUUUUGGUACCCAUGCAUGUCAGCGUGGAGCUCUCUAAAGCCAUGGUAUUCAUGGAUAUCAGGAUGCCCAAAUUCAAGCUUUCUGGGAAGUUACCUCUUGUUUCUUUAAGAAUCUCUGAUAAAAAACUACAAGGGAUUAUGGAACUGGUUGAAAGCAUUCCAAAACCUACACCUGUAGCUGAUGUAUCUGCCCCUGUCAAGUCAUUUCAGAUUCAAACAUCUAUUCCAACAUCAGAGAUCACACAGAAAAUAAUUCCUCUCUUGGAACUGCCCUCCAUUACUGAAGAUGAUUCAGAGGAGGAAUUUUUUGAUGCACUAUCUAGUCCUUUGGAUGAAUGUCCUCCGAUUAUUACUGGAGCUAAAAUUACUCGACAUAGAAAGUCACAAAAGCAAGACUGUUCACUGAAUUUGACAGAAUUUAAAAUACGAUUUGAAGUAGCAGAGGUUUUAGUUCAAUUAUACCACCUUGUGGAGGAUUGUGAAAUAUCUGUGGUAGAAAUUGAUGUUUUAGGAUUGGGCACAGAAGUUAUGAUUAGAACAUGUGAUUUGAAAGCAAAUGCAUUUUUGAAAGAGUUUUGCUUAAAGUGUCCAGAAUACUUAGAUGAAAACAGGAAACCCAUUUAUUUGGUCACAACACUGGAUAACACGAUGGAAGAUCUGUUAACACUAGAAUAUGUGAAGGCUGAAAAAAGUGCACCUGACUUGAAAAGUACCUAUAACAAUGUUUUACAACUGAUUAAGGUGAAUUUUUCCUCUUUGGAUAUUCAUUUACAUACUGAAGCACUUCUGAAUACAAUAAAUUACCUUAACAAUAUCCUUCCACAAUCUGUGGAAGGAUCCCCAGUGUCUGUUACGGAGACUGAAGACAAAGGAGAUGUCGUUAAAAAAUUAGCUUUAAAGCUAUCCACGAAUGAAGAUAUUAUUACCUUGCAGAUUUUAGCAGAAUUAUCAUGUUUGCGGAUUUUUAUUCAAGAUCAGAAGCGAAACAUUGCUGAAAUUAAGAUCGAAGGACUUGAUUCUGAGGUGAUUAUGAGGCCCUUAGUUACUGAAACAAUUGCAAAGCUAAGGAAUAUAAUUGUAUUGGAUUCUGAUAUAAUGGCUCUAUACAAGAAGGCUGUUUAUAUCACUGGCAAAGAAGUUUUCAGCUUCAAAAUGGUUUCUUACACGGAUGCCACUGCUGGCUCUGCAUACACAGAUAUGAAUAUUGUGGACAUUAAAAUUCUCCUAACUGUUGGAUGCAUUGAAGUAGUGUUUGUCACAAAAUUUCUGUAUUCUGUAUUGGCUUUUAUAGAUAAUUUUCAAGCAGCUAAACAAGCAUUGGCUGAAGCAACUGUUCAGGCAGCAGAAAUGGCUGCAACUGGUGUUAAGGAACUGACGCAAAGGAGUUCCAGAUUGGCAUUAGAUGUUAACAUCAAAGCUCCAGUAGUUGUCAUUCCACAGUCUCCAGUUUCUCAAAAUGUUUUUGUUGCUGAUUUUGGACUGAUUACAAUGACAAAUGUGUUUACGAUGGUAGCAGAGAGCCAGUGCAAUCCCCCACCUGUUAUUGAUUUAAUAACAAUAAAACUGAGUGAAAUGAGACUAUACAGGUCUCAAUUUAUUAAUGAUGCAUACCAGGAAGUACUGGAUCUACUACUGCCUUUAAAUCUUGAAGUGAUUGUUGAGAGAAAUUUAUCCUGGGGUUGGUACCAGGAAGUCCCUUGUUUUAAUGUAAAUGCUCAGCUAAAACCUAUGGAGUUCAUUCUUAGUCAAGAAGAUUUGACAACUAUUUUUAAAACAUUACAUGGCAAUUUACGGCAUGAAAAUGCCAAUGCUGCUCCUGCUGUAGUUAAAGACCAAAGUGGUGUUUCUAGUGGAGUCACAAGUGAGUCAUACAAUACAGCAGGAACAACUGUGGUGACUGCUGCUGUGGUAGAGGUGCACUCACAUGCUUCGCAGGUUAAGAUGACACUAAAUGUGAGCUUCAGAACUGAUUACCUCACCAUGGUGCUGUAUAGUCCAGGUCCUCAGCAGGCCUCCUUUACAGAUGUUCGUGAUCCAUCCCUGAUACUUGCUGAAUUUAAAUUGGAGAACAUUAUAAGUUCUUUAAAAAUGUAUACCGAUGAUUCAAUAUCCUCUUCUUUCUCAGUAAAAAACUGUAUUUUGGAUGAUAAAAGGCCCCAUGUCAAGAAAGCAACUCCUAGAAUGAUAGGACUAACUGUUGGGUUUGACAAAAAGGACAUGAUGGAUGUAAAAUACAGAACAGUCAGAGAUGGAUCUGUGACUGAUGCAGUAUUUCAAGAAAUGUAUAUUUGUGCAAGUGUGGAAUUUCUUCUGACUGUUGCAAAUGUCUUUCUUGAAGCCUACACCACAGGCUCUGCUGUAGAAACUAGUGUUCAAACAUGGACUUCUAAGGAAGUUCCUGUACAGCAAUUAGUAAAGUGGGAAAUGAAUAUUCUAAUUAAAAAUCCUGAAAUUGUGUUUGUGGCUGACAUGACAAGGCAUGAUGCUCCUGCUUUAGUCAUUACGACACAAUGUGAAAUAUGCUGUAAAGGUGACAUUGAAAACACUACAGUGACUGCUGCUGUUAAAGACCUCCAAGUCAGAGCAUGCCCAUUUCUUCCAGUGAAGAGAAAAGGCAAAAUCACUACAGUUUUGCAGCCCUGUGACUUGUUUUAUCAAGCUACUCAGAUAGGCUCAGGUCCACAAAUAAUUGAUGUAUCAGUAAAAUCCCUUACACUGAAGGUUUCACCUGUUAUCAUAAACACCAUAAUAACUAUAACUUCAGCACUUUAUACAACUAAGGAAACUAUCCAAGAGGAAAAUGUUUUUUCUAUAGCACAUUUAUGGGAAAAGAAGGAUACAAAGACUUUAAAAAUGUGGUUUCUUGAAGAAUCCAAUGAAACUGAAAAGGUUGCUACCCCGACUGAAUUGAUUCCUCAAGGAGAGAUAAUAAAAAUGAACAUUGAUUCUAUUUUUAUAGUUCUUGAGGCUGGAGUUGGCCAUAGGACAGUGCCUAUGCUUUUGGCAAAGUCACAUUUUUCAGGGGAAUGCAAGAAUUGGAGUACUCUUAUAAAUCUACACUGUCAGAUUGAGCUAGAAGUUCAUUAUUAUAAUGAAAUGUUUGGUGUAUGGGAGCCUUUGCUUGAACCUUUAGAAAUUGAUCAGACUGAGGAUUUCAGACCAUGGAAUCUUGGAAUAAAGAUGAAAAAGAAAGCAAAAAAGGCCAUUGUGGAAUCAGAUACAGAGGAAGAAAACUAUAAAGUGCCAGAAUAUAAAACUGUUAUCAGUUUCUACUCAAAAGACCAAUUGAACAUUACAUUAUCCAAAUGUGGCCUUGUGAUGUUAAAUAAUUUAGUCAAGGCAUUUACAGAGGCUGCUACUGGAUCUUCACCUGUCUUUGUAAGAGAUCUAGCACCAUUUAUGAUUUUAAAUUCUCUUGGACUUAGUGUUUCUGUUUCACCAAGUGAUUCUUUUAAUGUACUUAACAUGCCCAUGGCAAAGUCACACGUUUUGAAUAAUGAGGAGAGUUUGAGUAUGGAUUAUGCACUGACUAAGGACAACGAUCAUUUCAGUGCAAUGACCAGUCUAAGCAGCAAGCUCUUCUUCAUUCUCCUUACACCCGAUAACCAUUCUACUGCUGAUAAGAUACCUUUAACAAAAGUGGGGCGACGGCUGUAUACUGUAAGACACAGAGAGUCUGGAGUUGAAAGGUCUGUCGUUUGUCAAAUCGAUGCAGUAGAAGGAAGUAAGAAGGUGACAAUUCGCUCACCAGUGCAGAUUAGAAAUCAUUUUCCACUCCCAAUCUCAGUUUAUGAAGGAAACACUUUAUUAGGAAUUGCAUCACCUGAAAAUGAAUUCAACGUACCAUUAGCAUCCUACCGGUCAUUUCUUUAUCUGAAGCCAGAGGAUGAGGAUUAUCAAGUAUGUGAAGGACUUGACUUUGAAGAAAUGAUAAAACUUGAAGGAACACUUAUAAAGAAGAAAUGUAGAUCAAUAAACCCCUCGAAGACACCAUUCAUUAUUAAUGUUGUCCCAGAAAAGGAUAAAUUGACAUCUCUCUCAGUGUAUUCAGAAGAUGGCUGGGACUUACCAUACAUAAUGCAUUUAUGGCCACCUAUCAUACUCCGAAAUCUUCUUCCUUACAAAAUUGCUUAUUAUGUACAGGGGAUUGAAAAUACUGUUUCUACUCUCAAUGAAGGACACUCAGCCCAGAUUUGUACAGUACAGAUGGAUAAAGCCAAGCUGCAUUUAAAGUUACUUGACUAUCUUAAUCAUGAUUGGAAAAGUGAAUAUCAUAUAAAACUUAAUCAACAAGACAUUAGCUUCAUCAAUUUUACCUGUAUCACAGAAAUGGAAAAGACUGAUUUAGAUAUUGCCAUCCAUAUGACUUACAAUACUGGCCAGACUGUUGUGGCAUUUCAUAGUCCAUACUGGAUGGUCAAUAAAACUGGUAGAAUGUUACAGUACAAAGCUGAUGGAAUUCAUCGAAAACAUCCACCUAAUUAUAAAAAACCAGUUCUUUUUUCUUUUCAGCCAAAUCACUUUUUUAAUAACAAUAAGGUUCAGCUUAUGGUAACUGAUAGUGAGUUGUCAGAUCAGUUUUCAAUUGAUACUGUUGGUAGCCAUGGAGCCAUUAAAUGUAAAGGCCAGAAAAUGGAAUAUCAACUGUAUUUAGGAGUCAAUUCUAUCAGUGAAAUAGAAGAUGUCCUUCCUCCUGAAAAAGCAGUGUUCUAUACCUGGACUGACCCAGUGGGCUCUAGAAAGCUGAAAUGGAGCUGUGGGAAGAGCCAUGGAGAAGUAACACAAAAGGAUGACAUGAUGACACCUAUAAAUCUGGGAGAAAAAACUAUUUAUUUAGUUUCCUUCUUCGAAGGCUUGCAACGCAUUAUUUUAUUCACUGAAGAUCCAAAGGUGUUUAAAGCAACCUAUGAAAGUGAGAAAGCUGAGUUAGCAGAACAAGAGAUUGUGUUGGCAUUGCAAGAUGUUGGGGUAUCUCUCGUCAACAAUUACACAAAGCAAGAAGUCGCCUAUAUAGGCAUUACAAGUUCUGAUGUGGUUUGGGAGACAAAACCCAAAAAAAAAUCAAGGUGGAAACCAAUGAGUAUAAAACACAAUGAGAAAUUGGAGAAAGAAUUUAAGGAAUAUUCUGAAACCUCACCUUCAGAAGAUAAGAUUAUUGAGUUGGAACCACAUGUUUCGGUUCGUUUAACACCUAAUGGUAAUAACAUGAAAAUUCUGAACCCACAUUUGAUAGCUCUACGAAGGAAUUAUCUUCCAGCAUUAAAAGUGGAGUAUUGUACAUCUGCACAUCAGUCAUCAUUUAGAAUUCAGAUUUAUAGAAUACAGAUCCAAAAUCAGAUUCAUGGUGCUAUUUUUCCAUUUGUGUUUUAUCCUAUUAAACCUCCAAAGUCUGUCACCAUGGAUUCAGCACCAAAGCCCUUUACAGACGUCAGCAUUGUCAUGAGAUCGGCAGGACAUUCCCAGAUAUCACGCAUUAAGUACUUCAAAGUAUUGAUUCAAGAAAUGGAUCUCAGGUUAGAUCUUGGCUUUGUCUAUGCUUUAGCAGACCUUAUGACAGAAGCUGAAGAAACAGAGAUAACAGAGGUUGAUCUUUUUCACAAAGAUAUAGAGGGUUUUAAAGAAGAAUAUGAAACUGUCUCAAUGGUAGAUAAAUCACAAGUCAGUCUCUAUGAAUAUUUUCAUAUAUCUCCUAUAAAGUUGCAUUUAAGCGUUUCACUGAGUUCGGGUAGAGACGAAGCUAAAGAUUCAGAACAACGUGGAGGACUAAUUCCAGUUCAUUCUUUAAAUCUUUUGCUGAAGAGUAUUGGUGCCACCCUUACAGAUGUUCAGGAUGUUGUUUUCAAGCUCGCCUUUUUUGAACUCAACUAUCAGUUUCAUACAACAUCUGAACUACAAUCUGAAGUAGUAAGACACUAUUCAAAGCAGGCCAUUAAGCAGAUGUAUGUACUCAUUCUUGGACUUGAUGUUUUGGGAAAUCCCUUUGGCUUAAUUAGAGAAUUUUCAGAAGGUGUAGAAGCAUUUUUUUAUGAACCUUAUCAGGGGGCCAUCCAGGGACCUGAGGAGUUUGUGGAGGGAAUGGCACUAGGAUUUAAGGCGCUAGUUGGUGGAGCUGUUGGUGGAUUAGCUGGUGCUGCCUCCAAAAUCACUAGUGCUAUGGCUAAAGGGGUAGCAGCUAUGACAAUGGAUGAAGACUAUCAGCAGAAGAGAAGAGAAGCCAUGAAUAAACAACCAGCUGGUCUUAGAGAAGGCAUCACUCGUGGAGGCAAAGGCUUAGUUUCUGGUUUUGUAAGUGGCAUUACAGGAAUUGUUACAAAACCAAUUAAAGGAGCUCAGAAAGAAGGAGCAGCUGGUUUCUUUAAAGGGGUUGGAAAAGGUUUAGUUGGAGCAGUGGCCAGACCAACUGGAGGCAUCAUAGACAUGGCUAGCAGUACCUUUCAGGGAAUCAAAAGAGCUACAGAAACUUUUGAAGUGGAGAGUUUACGACCUCCUCGGUUCUUUAAUGAAGAUGGCGUUAUUAGACCUUACAGGUUGAGGGAUGGUACUGGAAAUCAAAUGCUACAGGUGAUGGAAAAUGGAAGAUUUGCAAAAUACAGAUAUUUCACCCAUGUCAUGAUCAAUAAGUCAGAUAUGUUCAUGAUAACUAGACGCGGUGUAUUGUUUGUGACAAAGGGAACAUUUGGGCAACUUACAUGUGAGUGGCAGUAUAGUUUUGAUGAAUUUACCAAAGAGCCGUUCAUCGUUCAUGGGAGACGACUGCGCAUUGAAGCAAAGGAACGGGUGAAAUCUGUAUUCCAUGCCAAAGAAUUCGGAAAAAUAAUUAACUUCAAGACCCCAGAGGAUGCUAGGUGGAUCCUUACAAAGCUAGAAGAAGCAAGAGAACCUUCUCCCAACGUCUGAAGACGACGACUGUCUAAAGACCCAGCACACGUCAAUAAGGUCCCAUACUGUACCUUCCACCAUUUAUUAAGAAGAAUAUUACAGGAAUGGUUUCAAGCAUCCUGUAUUCUAAAUUCUUCUUAAAAAAAAAUCAGGUAAAAUGGCUGUGCGAUUAAAAGAUGUCUGAUCCAUUCAGCUUUCUAAGUUGAAUCAUGCAUCUGGUUAUGAUUCUUAAAAGAAUUGUAUUCUCUGCAGUGAGGGAGAGACUGCCACAAGUCAGUCAAUGGAGAGCAAAGUUGUACUUCACUCAUGCUUGCUUCAGUCUUCUGAGUGUUGGGUAAAUGACCUUACCUCAUUAUUCUCAAGAGAACUUUGGUGGUGUUUUUUUUUUUUGAAUCACAAAGUUCUUUUUAAAAGUAAAUAUUUUGGUAUUAUUUUCCUCCUUUUUUAAAUUAAAAGGGGGUUGAAUGUAUUUUAAAUGCAUGAUUAUGGAAACAAUCUCUUUCAAGCUUUAAGGCUGGAAAGAAUGGAUCAUGUAUCCAAAAAGGGAAAAAAGUCCCUCUCAGAACUUUAGCAGUUGGUAUUUUUAAAGGAAAAUCCCUAAAGCCUUAAUUACUUUCUGCUCACUGUAACAAGAAAUAAAAUUUUUAGCAUCUUACAUUGAGUUAUGCAUCACAAAAGCAGGUGUAUCCUCAACUGUAACUCAAAACCUAUCCAGUUGGCCAUAGACAAUUACAGAGAAAGCAAACCAGGAAUUCUUAAAAGUGCAAUAGCUUAUUUGAAUGAACAAGCUCAUUAGUAAAAAUCAGGUUAUGGUUUUUUCUUUCUCUUGGUUUUUGUCCAGG